GGAUAGAUAGGAUGGGGCUGGAUGGAGAUGCUGUAAAGACAUGGGAAACAGUAUUUUAUUAUAUCAAGUGGGUCACCUUGGGAGCAAAGAAGCACCGUUUAGAGUGAGAAGAGUUGGGGAGGGAGAAUUCCUCUCACAAGUAGCUAACAGGAAUAUUUUCACUUAAUUCUUCCACAGCAGUUGACAUCUCAAGAUACAGUUCAGAACAAAGUACUGGCCUUCUGGAUUAUGAGGAUUUUAGAGAAGAGUCUUCCUCUCAAAAACCUAGAAGAGGAAGAGGAAUCCGACAUUCAUAUUCAACAGAAAGUGAUGCUUCAUAUGAUGAUCUAGAGGGAACCAGAGGAGAUUAUACACAAUCAGCAACCUCCCUAGCACUGUCUCGAUCAAAUAUUGGAGAACAAAAAAGUGAUGCAAAACACACAAAAGUUCCAGAUCCUUUAUCUGGCACCGCAGGACCGAUCACUGGAGCUAUCGGACCCAUAAUGCAGUUCACAGCACCUAUCCCUGGAGCUACGGGACCUAUCAAGCUAUCUCAAAAAACCAUUGUGCAAACUCCAGGACCUAUUGUACAAUAUACUGGACCCAGUGCUGAUUCUUCAGAAAUGACCACUCCGGAAUCCUCUAUGGGAUUCCCUCCACAAGCAAUCACUGGAACAACUCCUCGCGCCAUCACUGGUCCACCUUCAGUGACUGGUGUGAUUUCACAAAGAACCACAUCAAGACCUGCAAAAUCUAAGAUGAAAGGAGAGCCAACGUUUACUCCAGUAGCAGCAGGGAUACAUCAAGUACCUGCUAUGGACAGUUCCAGAGGAAUUACACUAACCCCUUUGGUUAUAUUUCCAGGUUACAUGGAUGGAGAUCUUGCAAAAAGAUCAGAUUCUAAAGUCCAGAUUCUAAAAAGUGGAGGCACCACAAGGACUCAGAGUAGCCGAGAAGAAAGCCAGGAAACGCUAGAGAAGGAGGCCAUAGUUACAGAUUCUGAUGAAUCCAGGAGGCCCAAACCACAAAGAGUGCCAAAAAGUAAAGCAGAAGGCAUUGAGUUGGGCAAGAUAGAAAUGGAGGUCAAAGUGAAGGAGAGUGACACCGGAGUGCCGAAAGACCAGGAAAUCCGAGUAAAGAAGAGUGACACCGAAAUGCCAAAAGGACAGGAAGUCCAAGUAAGAAACAGCAUCACCGAAAUGCCGAAAGGACAGGAAGCCCAAGUAAGGAAGAGCGCCACCGAAGUGCCGAAAGGACAGGAAGCCCAAGCAAGGAAGAGCGCCACCGAAGUGCCGAAAGGACAGGAAGCCCAAGCAAGGAAGAGCGCCACCGAAGUGCCGAAAGGACAGGAAGCCCAAGCAAGGAAGAGCGCCACCGAAGUGCCGAAAGGACAGGAAGCCCAAGCAAGGAAGAGCGCCACCGAAGUGCCCAAAGGACAGGAAGCCCAAGCAAGGAAGAGCGCCACCGAAGUGCCCAAAGGACAGGAUGCCCAAGCAAGGAAGAGCGCCACCGAAGUGCCCAAAGGACAGGAUGCCCAAGCAAGGAAGAGCGCCACCGAAGUGCCCAAAGGACAGGAUGCCCAAGCAAGGAAGAGCGCCACCGAAGUGCCCAAAGGACAGGAAGCCCAAGCAAGGAAGAGCGCCACCGAAGUGCCCAAAGGACAGGAAGCCCAAGCAAGGAAGAGCGCCACCGAAGUGCCCAAAGGACAGGAAGCCCAAGCAAGGAAGAGCGCCACCGAAGUGCCCAAAGGACAGGAAGCCCAAGCAAGGAAGAGCGCCACCGAAGUGCCCAAAGGACAGGAAGCCCAAGCAAGGAAGAGCGCCACCGAAGUGCCCAAAGGACAGGAAGCCCAAGCAAGGAAGAGCGCCACCGAAGUGCCCAAAGGACAGGAAGCCCAAGCAAGGAAGAGCGCCACCGAAGUGCCCAAAGGACAGGAAGCCCAAGCAAGGAAGAGCGCCACCGAAGUGCCCAAAGGACAGGAAGCCCAAGCAAGGAAGAGCGCCACCGAAGUGCCCAAAGGACAGGAAGCCCAAGCAAGGAAGAGCGCCACCGAAGUGCCCAAAGGACAGGAAGCCCAAGCAAGGAAGAGCGCCACCGAAGUGCCCAAAGGACAGGAAGCCCAAGCAAGGAAGAGCGCCACCGAAAUGCCAAAAGGACAGGAAGCCCAAGCAAGAAAGACCGCCACCGAAAUGCCAAAAGGACAGGGAACCCACAUUAAAAAGAAGAGUGUUACUGGACCACCAAAAGAACAGGGAACCCAAGUUAAAAAGAAGAGUGUCACUGGACCACCAAAAGGACAGGAAGCUGGAGGACAGAAGGGUGUGCCUGAGAAAGGAAGAGAAGGCAAAGACGUCAAAACCGAAGUCAAGGGUACAAAAGCAGGACCCCCAGCAAAGGUCAAAAGCAAGUAAUGGAAGGAAGCACAACAAAAAGGUGGAAGAGUGAAGAUAAAUAAAAGGAAGGCCUGUGAGGCAACUGAUCGUUAUGUUUUCUGUCCUCCAUAUACAAAGCAUGUCCCAGCCAUUGCCUAAAUGGAUUAUAAUAUAGAAUCUCUAUAAUCUAUUUAUCUAUAGAGUUUCUGCUCUUCAGAAGUUUCACCAUUUUUAGACCUCAGACACAAACCUCAGUUUCCAAAUGUUCAUUUUAUAAAUUGAUACAUGAUAUAGUCCA